AAUUUUUAACGACCCUCAUCAGUGUAAACGGAACGAUCAUAUACAUAGAGAGACAAGCGUCUGUGUAAUCGUAAUAGGAAGUAACGCUACAAUAGCUAUCCUCAGAUACCAACAAUGGCUCUCGGGAUUGAAUGGCUUCUUAUUCUCGGAGCAUUGGGAGUCGGUCAAAUAUACGUCUCAUAUCUGUACCUUUUUAAUGUAACACCAGAGAAGAAAUUCGAGGUACCAUUGUUAUGUUACUUUGCACUCGAAGCUGAUUGGCCAGAUAAUGGGACUCUUCAUCCUGCGAUGAACGCCACUCUCUGUACACAUCUUAUCAUGAUCAGCUCACAUACAAAGGAUUGUAUUUUAAUUCCGGCUAGCCCGGAUGAUCCUCAUAAAUACUUCAGAAAAAUCCCCAUACUUCGGAAGCAGAAUCCUAAACUGAAAAUAAUGCUGUCGAAUGGAGGUGGUGGGCCGGAAGGAAUGACGGAAAUUCUGGGAUCAGAGGCUAAUACGACAAAAUAUAUCAAUAGCAUCUUACCGUUUAUGAAGAAGUAUGACUUUGAUGGUAUAGACAUGGACUGGGAGUUUCCUGGCUGGAAUGGUCUACCAAAAGGUCAAAGGGGAAAUUUUACUAAAAUGUUACAGAAUGUGCGAAACAUGUUCGACACGGAAGAGAAAAAGAGCGGCAGGAAAUAUUUAUUGUCGGCUGCGGUGGCGGCCGGACGAGCUGUCAUGGAGAUAUAUGACGUGCCAGCCUUAGCGCGUUCGUUAGAUUUUAUCAACCUCAUGUGUUACGACUACCAUGCCUAUGCGAUUUAUGAUCCGGUGACAGGGUACAAUAGUCCACUUUAUCCAACUGACUGGCAGAAGAAAAUUGUGAUACGAUCCGGCAACGUGGGAUGGUCAUCUUACGAGUGGCAUAAACGUGGAAUGCCAAAAUCUAAGAUAAUGGUCGGAAUACCUACAUAUACCCACACCUGGACGCUAGAAAAGCCGGACAUAUAUCAUGGACAUGAUGCUCCGGCCACUGGACCCGGCAAAGGUUGUGACGAAUGUUCGUACCCAUGGGUAUGCGAGUUUCUGAAAUCGGGGGCGACAGAUGUGUUUGACACGGAUGCUGCAGUACCGUAUGCUUAUAAUGGUGACCAGUGGGUCAGUUACGACAAUGUGAAUAGUCUAAUAAUGAAGUCUGAAUGGAUAUUACAGAAUGGAUUUGGUGGUAUUAUGGUGUUUUUCUUGAACGCUGAUGACUUACAUGGUGUGUCAUGCUCGCAGGGAAAAUUUCCUCUUAUAUCAGCUAUAAAGAAAACCAUAGAAAAUAACACAAAUAGUUUAAUAUAGUGAAACUAUAUUUCUUCUGUGAGUGACUAAACUUGAAAAUAUUUGCUACAAUUAACCUUUAAGGUUAACAAUUAUACAUGUAUUUUGAUUCAAAUUUUACAUAUGCAAAUUUGUAAAAGACAUCAUGUGAGUUUAUGUUAAACAUUCCAGAUAUCAACUUCCGUUCUUAUCAUGAUUUUUCAAAUUCACAAACUAGUGUGCUUAUAGAUUUUAUGUGUUCAUGUGUAUGGGUCGGUGGCCUGAAUGGAAAUUUGAAAUAAACUUAUAUACGAAACUGUGACUGGAAGAAACGAAAUGAAAAGCAAUGUAUGAUAUUUCUCCAAGGGAUAUGUUUACAGAUGCAUCAAAGUUUGUAAAAAUGUGUGUCAGGGGAGAACAAUGCUGUCUAUGAUAUAAUGAACUCAUAUUGUGAUAUAGAAAGACAUUUAUGACAUAUAUUUGUGUUUCAAAUACUCAUAUCUGCAUAUAGAAUGUAUAAACUACAUUGUAAUUCCUUUUAUUGUUAUUUCAAAGAAUAGUGUCACAGUUGAUAAGAUUUGAUCACUGUAGGGACCAGCCUUUGUAUUUUAACUUGUACUUUUCUUGCGAAAACCGGAAAUAGACUCGUUGAUUUUUUGUGUUCAAAGAAACAUAAUUUAUGUGUUCAAAAGAGCAAAAUAACAAAAAAAAAUGGGAUACAUACUUCGAACAAAAACAUGACAGAUGGAAUUGUUUUAUUUUUAGGGAUACAUGUGUAGUUUCAGAAAUCUAGUCAAAUAUUGUCACAAUAUUUAAAUCUUGCCUGUUUUUAUGCCCCCGGGCAUAUAGUAAUUGAACCGUCCGUCCGUCUGAUCGAGCAAACAUUUUGGGUUUAGGGGCUAUAUAACAGUAAAGAGAACAAAAGAGAACAAUAGGUUCAUUCCGUGAUCAAAGGGUUUAUGGGCUAGUAGCCCUUAAGAAAACAAAGAAAAUAACAAAGAAAAUAGCCCCUAAACCCAAAAUGUUGGAACGUCCGUCCGUCCGUCUGUCCGUACGAGGUUAACCUAGAACGGCAAGUUGGAUUUUUCUUAAGUUCUACCUGUACCAAUGGCUUCAUAAUUUACACACUUACUAAUCCAUACAAAGUAUAUGAUCUGGGCAAGUUACAUAACUAUGGCUUCCAUUUGCACCAAGUUAUGGCCCUUUUCAGCACUUAGAAAAUGAAUAAUGGUUAACCUAAACCGGCAAGUUGGAAAUAUCUUAUGUUCUAUCUGAACUAAUGGCUUAAUAAUUUUCACACUUACUUAUCAAUACAAUGUACAUAAUAUUGCCAAGUUAUAUAUAUGUGCCAUCCAUUUUCCCAGUAAUUUCCCUUUUUAUCACUUUGAAAAUAGGGCCUUGUAUGGUUAACCUAUUCCGCCAAGUUGGAUUAUCAAAAAAUUUCACCUAAUUACUUAAUUUAUUUAAAUUAAACGAUAUCUUUCAUAUUUGGUAGGUGGAUACAUGUACCUUUAACGGCCCACUGAUUUUUUGUGGCGUUAGGCGUCUCUAGGUCAGGGUCACUUGUGUAAAAAAAUAAAUCUAAACAUUUCUGCUCAUACAGCAUUUAUUUUUAAGUUAAUGCCUUUCAUGUUUAUAAUAGUCAUACCAAGGGAGGUCCUCUUCCUUUUCCUUUAGUAAGGGGUCAUUUGGGUCAAGGUCACCAAUGUCAAAAAUAGAUUUUUUACACUUUUACAUGUGUAUUAACCUUAUUCUAUCGACACAUGUCUUGUAUAUUUUGUAGGAACAUAAAAUUCUCAUUUGGAUGGAGGUAGGGGUUAGUUGGGUCAAGGUCACCAGUGCUAAAAAUAAAUUUUUACACUUUUGCUCAUACAGCCUUUAUUUAUUGACAGAUUUGUAUUAUAAUUGGUAGGAAGAUAACUUACAUGGUAUUCUUCCUUUGGAUGGAGUAAGGGGUCAGUUGGGUCAAGGCCAACAGUGCUAAAAAUAGAUUUUUACACUUUUACCCAUACAGCCUUUAUAUAUUGACAUAUUUAUUUCAUAAUUGGUAGGAAAAUAAGUUGCAUGAUAUUCUUCCUUUGGAUGGAGUUAGGGGUCAGUUGGGUCAAGGUCACCAGUGCUAAAAAUAGAUUUUUUACACUUUUGCCCAUACAGCCUUUAUUUUAAAUAUUGUUACUGACAAGAAUCUGAGCCGAGGGCAUUUGUGUUUAACAAACACGUUCUUGUUUGUAUAUAUUAUUGAACAUUUAUUGACCGGGAUGACCAAAAUACCCACAGAAACUUAUGGCGCAACAGUCGCAGCGGACUGCAAAAUUUGAAUAUACUAGCAGGUCAGAAUUUGUACACAACUUUAGUGUUUAUUUGUAUAAAUGCUUAUUGUGCAUAUAUUCUGUCAUUAACAAAAAUCACUCAAAUGUACCGAAAAUCAGGUUGAAUUAUACACACGUGUUUGUCUUUUUUCAGAUUUUUUUUUGUAUUUUAUAUGAUGAUAAUAGGGUAUUCAUUAUAAUUUCACAUUUUGUAAGAUUUUUUUUUCAGAAUUGUGGAUAUUGUUUUUUUUUUCUUCUUAAAACUGACAUAUCAACGGAAUUAAAUUUUCCGGAGAUGUGUAACUUUAAUAACUAGCCAUAACUUGGUCAUGGGAAAAGCUGCGGGGCAACAUGAACCAUUAAAAAAUUGUCUUUUGUUAUUUUACAUGCCACAAUCAUGCAAAUAAAACAAUUAGAAAUCUUA